UUUUUAAUGAUAAAUUAGUUGUUUAUUAUAUGAAAUCGGCAUUAUUAUGUAUGCACUUAUAAUUAUUUUCAAAUAAAUCAAAUCAAAGUAUUCCUUUUGUUUUAGAUUAGCCGAGCAAGCACAAAGAAUGUUGGAAAGAGGUUCCAUAUUCGAAAAUAUGAAUUUGGGAGAAAAAAGAGCUACUUCUCUCAUCCGUCGAUAUGGAGAAUUGUAUUCCCAGUCAAGAAUCGACACGUUAGAUAGACUUGAAUGUCUUACAGAAUUUCAAGAAGCAGAGGAAUUGAAAUCUAAAUUAAUGUUCUCUAUUAUUGUAUUAGCUUUUCAUUCCGUUCAAAAUAAACUAGGAGAAAUUUUUAUAAGGCUGCGAGAAAUCUUUCAAAUUGAUGAUUCGACUUCAGUUUAUGUUAAAGAUUUAGAAAAUUCUGUUCAUUCUUAUCUAAGAAGCAGAAUAGAUAAAUUCGAUUUAACUGACUGCAUCCAGGUGAGAAAAGUUUUCAUUUGUUAA